AAAAAACAGCAAUUAAGCAAACAGGCAGACACAGUAAUUAGUGAAAUUCUUCCACGCAGUUACCUACCAUUCAAACUUUGAAAAAAAAGGAUCAGUGCCUAAUGGCCGAGCAAAUUCCUUCCAUCUAAUCUAAUAAACCUUAUUUGGUACCAAAAUCAAAAUCAAAGCCCAACAAGAAGCUUCGCUGAGCUGAAGAAAUUAUGGGUUUGUCGUCUGCAAGUACCACAUCUAGCGCAACCCCAGAAGGACUGCAAUUGUGCAUAUUUGAUUUGAGGAGGGGACAAAAUGAAGGGCAAGAAUUGGACAAGAUAUUAUUUUUCUUCCCUGCCGAUUUGCCCUUCUCAGCACAAUUCUCUGUGAUUGGGCUCAGUGAAGGACUCAUCACAUUUACCAGAAUCUUCUCUCCAGAGGCUGCUUGUGAAGCCAUUGAAGCAGAGAGGCAUUCGCAUGUUUUUUAUGAGGCGGAACCAGAUAUCUGGAUGGUGAUGGUAGUGGAGAAAAGCAAAGAGUUUGAAGCUAUUUGGAGAAGUGAUGCAUUGAGAAAGGUUCUUAAGGAAGUCCAUUAUCUUUUUGUGAUGUUUCAUGGAUCUUUAAGAGCGUUGCUUGACAAAGACCCUGGUGGAGGACUAACUCGAUCUCAUUUGUACUAUUUCAUCAUGGACUAUCUUGGUGAUUUUCUGGUCGGGAAGAAACUACUGUUACCAUCAUUCCGUGACUGUUUAAAGGAGCGUGGAACUGUACAGAUGCUUACUGUAGGGCGGGAAGCAGCAAUUGAAGUACAGUCGCUUGUAAGGGUGCUCGAAUCUUGUGCUGGGAACAUACCCUGUCACUCACUGAUCUUGUUUCAGGACCUGUUGGUGUCCACAACACUUUCUCCUGAUGACACCGUAAACCUAUUUGCAUAUGCUGUUUUAAGGCUGACUCCCCGUGCUUUAUCCUCUGGAGUAAGUUCCUGGUCCUAUUUACGCAAAGGAGCUACAUCCCAUGUAUCCUCAAGUUCUAUCUUGGCCCGUCCUGGUGGUGUUCCAGAACAAUUUCAAGGCUCAGAUGUCAACUCUCCUGCUGGAGAUAACAAUUAUCGUGUCAUACGGCCCUUGCAGCAGGAUAAGUGGUCCAAAGGGAAGGAUGGUUUUCUUGUCACUGAUAUUUGGGGUGCAGAGGCUGGUAACUUGAUUUCUGCCACCCCAACAGUUUUGCUCCAUCAGACAGAGGAGAGAAUGUAUCUGUGUGCCCAUCAGCAUAAGAGCCUUACCUUAAUUUUUCUCAUUCCUGUUUCUUCAGUACUAAUUGGGGAUCAAGGUGUUUCUGUGGUGAAGCAGCAAGUUCUUGAAAAUGUAUCCCUAAAGCUGUUGAAAGUUGAAGAGAAACUAUCAAAAGGAUGGGUUGGUGAGAAUGCAUAUCAUGUUAGUGGAUAUCGAUAUUUACUAGUGGACGGAGACAGAAAUGUAUCCAGGGCUUCUCCAGCAGGAAAGGUCACAACCCUUACUAAGGAUUCCUUACUUGCCUUAAGUAAGCUUAGAGAAGAAGUUGAUUUGGAAAAGAGUAGAGCACAAUCAGAUAAUGCUGGUCAUGAGAAAGAAUUGGAAGUUAGCAUCCGGGCGAAAAACAAUGCUUGGGUUGUUGCUCGGGUUACAAGAGGGAAGGAACUUUAUAUGGUUCUGGAGAAAGCCAAUGAAACCCUUCUUUAUGCCUCUGAUGCUGUUGAAAAGUUCAGCAACAGGUACUGCAAUGGAGCUUUCUCGUUGAAUUAGGGGAAUUCCUUGGUUUUUGAUAUCCAUAGUUACUAACAUGAUAACACAAAAUGAGGGGUCCUGCCUCUAUGCUCCCCAAGCGAUGAAAUGUCAGACCUGGCGCUGUAGAGUUCUGUAAAACAUCACACUUGCAAGGGGAAAAUAAAUAAUUAAAGUUAUGUUCUUUUAUUCAAAGUAUGUUGUAACUUGUAUCCAAUUUUUUAUGUACUUGUAAAUUAAAAUUAUUUUUUGUUUAUUAAUUUACAAAGAAGUAUCAUCUACAAAAUCUUGCUGGAAAAAAGAAAACGAAGAACAGAGGGAAGGAAAAGGCAGGAGCCUGUAUGUAUUA